CGGCCUCCCCGAUCGGGAAGCCCCUGGGGGCUGGCUGCAAGUGGAAAUAGGCAUGCAGGCAUUUCACUAGGGGAAUUGACAAAAGUCCGAGCAAGCAAGAUUUCGGGGAUGACAUGCCCCGGAUUGCGACACGUCUUUUGGCAGGCAUGUGAGCUUAAUUUCGGCUUCACCUCCCCAACUCCCCAAGCUUCCUGCACGACGUAAGCCACAGUCCUUCUAGGCCGUUGCUUGUCCGGCCGCUCACCAUCUCGGCGAUCAACCAUUGCCCUCACCGCCUCGGGAAGAUGUACACCGUCUCUGGAACAAGUCCAGUCUCGGGUCGGCGAUCAUAGCACCGCUCAAAUGGUGAACUGGACAAUGUGGCAUCCCGAUCUUGUUGUCGUCGUAGACCGCGCGGUAGUUGCCACUGUCCUUAUGCGGCUCGCGUCGUCGAGCCUCCAUGCACCCUGCACGAUAUCAAUAUUGCACGCUGUGGCGUGAUGUCGCUCUAGGCCAGUCCGCAAGUCACCUUCAGCAGGGUUGUAGCGAACGAAGCACGGCCAUCGGAGAGGCCGGGGCCAUAAGUCCCCCUCCAUUCAGUCCUCGGAGACAAGCCUUUGCUGCCUCAACUCACGAUUUUCAACUUGUCCGUCUUGUUCUUCUUCUCCUUCAGUUCUCAACGAUGCGGCUUUCACACGUACUCCCAACCCUCCUCGGCCUUGCCUCGCUGGCAUCGCUCGCUUCGGCUUCGGGGACUGUCGUCGAAUCUCGUACAGUGUGUCACACUUCGUACGGGGCCCUCAGAACUACAUACUACUCUACCUCAUCGACAUCGACAACCUGCCCGGUGUCUACCGUCACGAAGACGAAAUCCGGAAGCCAGGCGGUGAAGACUUCAACUGUUCUUCAAACCGUGACAGUUGCUGCGUUACCGACGACUGUUACCGUAACGUCGACUGUGGACACCACAUCCGCAUUAACCACCACCUCGGUGACAACCUCUACCACUGGUGUGACCGCAACUGCCACAACUACCAGUUACUCGUUCGUUGGGGGACCAUCACCAAACAAGCGAGACGUGCAGCGCCAUACUACCACGUCUCAGCCGCAGGUCCAUUGUACAGUGUUGGAAUACCAUUGCACCCCCUCCGUGACUACCACGACAACGACUGUGGCUCGCGGCGGCAAAGGUAGCUUGACAGUAACCGUGACAUCGCAAAAGAUAAUCACGACUACACCAACCGUCAAGGCAAAGCAUACUGUUACGUCCACCUCCGCGACUACCUCGGUAGUCACUAGCACGAGUAUCAGCACGACCACCACGACCACCACGACAACCUCAACAACCACGUUCUCGAACUUUAACAUUGCCGCGAGCAGCGACACCACGGUAGCAGACGGUACCACGCUGGAUAACUCACAGAUUGGUGGAUCAGGAGCGGGGUAUGCUGUCUUCGAUAACGCCAACACCGUUUUCACCCUCGACUCCUCCACCGGUCAAUUGUACGACAUCUCCACACAAGAGAUUGCCGUGAUCGCACUCGACGGCCCAGGGGCGAAUUCAAUCUACUUCCUCACCAGUGAUAACAUCAGCGGCAAUCCAUAUGAGGAGUGCGACUGCGAGAUCACUGGCACGGUGCUCUUCUGCAAUUGUUACGGUGAGACCGCUUUCCAAACCGACCCAGAGGGCGGGUUGUAUGUCGCCAGUUCCGUGGACGACGGUUACAACUCAGUAACGCUAGUGGUCCUGCCUGUCUCUUAAUUGGCAAGGUCGGGCAGGCGGAGAAGGAGCAGCCUGGCGGGAGGAGAAGGUGAGGUUGGGAGUGAGGAGCAGGAGAGGCCACGAGGAGAAGGCGAAGGCGGGUAUGAAUGAGGAGAGAGCGAGGUU